GCGUUCUGCGUCCAUCGCCAUCGCCCCCCGCAGUUCCAACAACGGGGUCCUCGUCCUAGGGAGGACCUCUAUACAUCCGCCGCGACUUGAAAGAGCAGCACAAGAGGAUCCCACGGAAACUCCUCACAGCGCAUUCAGCACCUCACGACGCGAUCUCAGGCUACGGUACCUAUCCCCCAUUACCCCCAGCACCCACGAUGGGUUCAGACGUACAGUGGAGGCUCGGGUAUGCCAAAGGGAAGAGACCAAGACGCGUUAAUCCUUGGGGAACGCGUUCUUUCUUAUCGUACUUGAAGACCGAAGCAGGAUGUAUGCAUGCACGACCCGGUUACCCUUGGUACGUCGUCACUCGGGUGGGGACAUCUGACAUUUUGAGAUGAACGGGGGAUACGCGGGCGAGUCUGUAUCUGUACUCACGCGCUGAGCUGACCACUGCGCGAGGUCAGUAGGACGUCGGAAAGGACGCUUUCAAUAUGUGGCGUCGUUUUCAGUGCGUUCGUAUAGCUGCCGUUUGAG